AUCUCAUUCAUUUCGACAUAUUUCAGUUCGGUCGGCUGUGGGGAGAAGAAUACAUGAGAGGAACAUUGGAAUGAAUACACCUACAAACGAUUUCAUUUUCAAUAUCAAGACAUUUGCCAUUUCGAAUAAUACUUUUUAAAAGUGGUUCUCAUGGAUAUUUUCAAACCGAUAAUUCUCAGUCUCAUCGGACUUCAGCGACGUGUCUUUGGCAAAGGAAAUACGCCUUCUGAGCAGGGGAGCAAGCAUCGAGCCGUGGCGAGCCAAAUAUAAACAAGCCUUAUGAUAACACUGAACGCUGUAUGUUCCCCCGAGGUCCAAGCGGCUAUAGAACCCCCAGAAAGCUGCAGCCAUGUUAGCCUGCCUACAGAGACGGCAGCAGAACCUCUCAUCUCAGCACCUGGUCUGCACCCCCAAGAUCCUGGGGAAUCCACAGCAGCCGCAGCCCAACACACGACAAAGUGAGCUGUCCUCCAUGAAUGGCCCUCGGUAUCCAUCCCCUGCAGAGCUGGAUGCCUUUGCCCAGAAGACGGCCAGCAGUCCCCUGUCCAUCAAGAUCUUCCCAUCCAACAUCAGAGUGCCGCAGCACAAACAGCUGAACAGGACUGUCAACGGCCUGGACACCACAUGCACCCAGCACUACAGUCCCUACUCAGGAGGCUACCAGGGCCUACUGGGUGUUGUAAAGGCCACCGUCUCCGUGGUCAAAGGCGUGCUGAAAAACUCUGAGGGCAAGAGGACUAAACAUUCCCCUGCCCAAACUGCAGUGGCACCAUACAACCCUCUCAGUAACAACAGACACGGGCAGCAGAAGAGCUACCACAUGGGCUCCUGCAAGCCUCCUGACGGGCCCAAAAUGGCUGUUCCCUCUAAUAUCAUUGUUGCUGCCUCUGUCAUCCCCACCCCAGUAGGACAGACUCUGGCCUCUCAGUCGGACCUGGACGUCCAGAGCCUACUGAGGCAGAUGAACAGACACUCCCACAGCCAGGCCCUGCAGCACGGGGGAGAGGCCCAGCCAAGCCCCUCACGCCAGGCUGUGGCUGCUGUGGCCAGCUCAGACUCUGGCUUUACCUGGGGAGUGGUGCCCCAGAGCAGCCUAGCGUACUCCGGGGCUGUGCUGCCCACCCAGAGCGCAGACAUGGCCCAGGCUGGCUACUUGGAGAGAGUGGACUAUAGCAUAUGGCAGCACCACCAACAGCAGCAGCACUACCAACAGGGGGCGCUAAGGAUGUACAACAAUGCUCGGAUGGGCAGCGGGGGAGGGGCCGUGGUCAGCCGCUCUCCAGAGACCUGUCUCCCUUUGGCCUGCUCAGCACAGCUCUCCUAUAGGCGCCAUCCCCUCAGUGCAGGCACUAACGGGGCAGGGAUUGGGCAGGACCGGGUUAGCUCCUCCCCUCUGAACUGUGCUGCUAUGCAUGGGGAGUUCUCUGUGGGCCAGUACUUCGCCCCUCCCUGGAACAGUUUUCUGGUCACCCCGGACAGUGACUGUUACAACCCUCAGGAGCUGGUGCCUGGUUCCUCUAUGGGCCGGGCCAGAGACAUGGGGCUCUCCCAACCCCACCCUCACCCUCACCAUCACCCCAACCACCAGCUCAACCCCCACCACCAUCCUCACCCCCAGGUCUACGCCACAGACCAAAGCUUAGGCCUCUGUUGUGGGCUGCCCAGCACCAGCCUGUGCCACACUUCUGUGCUGAGCAGCAGCCUGCAGUCUCUGGAGUGCCUGAUCAGUGAUCUCCACCCGCCCUGCAUCAAGGAGAGCAUGCUGGGGCGGGGCUACGAGGCGGUGGGGAUGCCAAGGCUACUAGACCACAACCUACAGCACACCCACGUCCAGCUGCCUGUGUUCAGAUAAGACAGGAUGUGUCCACACAGGGCACUCGGACUGAAAUAUUCUGUAAAACAGGAACUCCAUGGAUGCAGGUGUGUAAUUUUGAAGAGACCACCUCAGAAUGAGAAACGGCACCUUUUUAUUUAACGUGUGUGUUGUAUUGGUACAGGGCUAUGUGGUUUGGAAUUGACCAAGUGUUGUAAACCUUAAAAGGGUAAUGAUAAUCAUGACUGACCUGCAGGGUCAUCUUAUUUGAUGUCUUAAUGUUUUCAUUUACGGAGGAUUUGUUGAUCAAUCAGAGAAUCAGUUCACAUCUGCCACAUUUGUUCCUCAGAAUAAUGUGUUUUGAAGCUUGUUUUUUUUCUCAAUCUGUCCACUGUUGAAUUUUUAAACCAUUUCAGAAUGUUGUCAUUUGAAAUAAGGUGAAAAGGUGAUGCGCAGGCAAUCCUCCUAAUGCCCUUUACAAAGUGCAAAAAAAAUACAACUAGAAAAUGGUACAUACUUAGGGCAUACAAGGGCCCAACUCCAGGCCUCCAGGGGCAUACAAGGGCCCAACUCCAGGCCUCCAGGGGCAUACAAGGGCCCAACUCCAGGCCUCCAGGGGCAUACAAGGGCCCAACUCCAGGCCUCCAGGGGCAUACAAGGGCCCAACUCCAGGCCUCCAGGGGCAUACAAGGGCCCAACUCCAGGCCUCCAGGGGCAUACAAGGGCCCAACUCCAGGCCUCCAGGGGCAUACAAGGGCCCAACUCCAGGCCUCCAGGGGCAUACAAGGGCCCAACUCCAGGCCUCCAGGGGCAUACAAGGGCCCAACUCCAGGCCUCCAGGGGCAUACAAGGGCCCAACUCCAGGCCUCCAGGGGCAUACAAAGGCCCAACUCCAGGCCUCCAGGGGCAUACAAAGGCCCAACUCCAGGCCUCCAGACUGUCAGCUUGUUUUUAUUUAACCCUUAAUUUACCAAUAAAGGCCACUGAUUAUAAUGCACUGCUGUAAGAACGGCAAAAAUGGGUCGAUUUAGACAUGGGGAAAUGUGUCAGGGAACCGUUUUUUAUUUUCAAAAGAAACUUUAUCUUGAAUGUUUUUGUAUUUUUGUUAGGUUGUGCCUAUGUUGGCUGCUAAUGGAGGCUAAUGUCUUUAUAUAAUGAUUGACCUUUAUGUUUUUGUUGUCUUCUCUACAAUUAUGACUCUGUUACCACGCUGUUGCUAGGCCCCAUGUCACAAGCAAGAGAUCUGCUAGCCAUCACGUUAAUGUUUGAUGGAAUGACAGAGUUGUCAUGUUUUACCUAAAACGGCACUGGGACUUUGGGGACGGGAUGUGUCAUUUGAUUCUCUGAUUUGUUCACAUUUUGCUCUUAGCUUUGGUUGACAUUCAUCAUUUAGGUCAUCAAUCACAAAAAUACUACCUUAAUCAACAGGAGUCCCUCCAAUAGUUUUCCGGAGACAGGAGAAAUGUGUUUUCAAACUGAAGGCAUGACUAUCACAUUGAAGUAUUCCAUGGUAGAUCAUUGGUUUACAAAUGAGUCGAGUUUACUGGAGAGGUGUCCCUUACAGAUCACUGGAGAACAGGCAUUUCUUACAGUAUAAUUCACUGCUUUUCUGUCAAUGUUUUCUUUCUGAAAAUAAGAUGUAGUUUCUUUGUAGUGGUCUAUCUGAUGCCUGAGAAGUAUGGCUAUAUAAAGAAUCUCUUAUAUGUCUGCACUGUCAAAUAGGAUUUUUUUCUUCUACCAGUCAGUCAGGAUUCUGUUGGUUGACAAUGUACAUAAAUGACUCAAUGAUUAUGAAGUGCAAUUACAAUAUUUAACAGGUAUUUAACUCUACAAACAUGUUGAAAUGACUACAUUUACAUGAGUACAUGCAUAACCCUAGACUCCCAUACCCAUUCUCCUAUUCUUAAUUAAGAUUGUCAAAUAAAUAUUUUUUUCCUUCUAA